AUGUCUGGUCCACAGACAAAGAAUUGGGCUUGGAAAUUUAUCCUUCGCUUGGCAACACGGCAAUUCAUUAUGAAAGAGCUCGGUCAGUGUGCCGUGCAUCUGGUAAGCAUCUCCUAUUCCACGUUACACUGAUACACGUCAGAUUAACCCAAAAUCAGGCAUCACAGCCGAGGAUAUCUUGUACUUAACACCGAAGUUCUGGAGUCUGCAUAUGGAUCGUACGUGUUCAGCUACUUUAAGUACCCCGAUCACAUUGCUGACAUGGGGGGACAGCAUUCGUGGCGCGAGAUUCGACGUGCCUGACUAUUCUCGUGAUUCAUUAUAAUCUAUGCCUCGGCACCAUCAUUCCCUUCGCCAGAAAAUCUCCAGAGAUUGCAAAACUCGUCCAGAAAAUGCUCAAAUUUGAUGUAAACGGACAGUUUAUGCUCACAGAACUAGACCACGGACUGGACGCCCGCAAUUUGGAGACCACAGCCACUCUGCAGCCUGAUGGCUCCUUUGAACUGCACACUCCACAUCCAGGUGCAGCGAAAUCCAUGCCACCAAAUACCACGGCGUCGGGAAUACCUCGAACUGCUGUCCUAUAUGCUCGGCUGAUUGUAGACCAGGAGGACCGUGGCAUCAGGCCUUUUGUUGUUCCUCUGAGCGAGGCAGGGCGAUUGAAACCAGGCGUUACCUCCAAGAUACUACCGGUGCGGCCAGGUACGAAACCUUUGGAUCAUUGCAUCACCACGUUUGAUAGAGUUAUUCUACCACCAUGGUGCUUACUGGGGUCCACGGAGAAGCCACAUGAUGAGCGUGCCUCAUUCAUGCGAUCAAUUUGGCGCGUCCCUAUCGGCAGCAUCAGUCUAUCCAUGGCGGGUAUCACCGGCAUCAAGAUUGGAACGCACCUCCUUGCUGCAUAUAGCCUGCGGCGAACGGUCGGAUCAACCAAGUCUGGAGAUUUAACGCCGAUCAUGUCCUUCAGCACACAGUAUCGCCCUAUUGUAAAUGGGCACGUCCAAGCCACCGUGCUUGAGGCAUAUGCCCGCUGGGCUAUCAAACAGUUCAUGAACCCGAAAGCUCAUCUUCUCGUUCGAUCUGCUAUUGGAGUUGUCUUCAAAACCACCGUCAUCCAAGCGUCUAAGAUCCUGACUGAAUUUUCAGAGAGAUGCGGCUGGCAGGGCCUGUUCUCGUACAAUCAAAUGAGCAACAUGUUCCUGAGCUUCCAGGGGAACGCUAUCGCUGAGGGUGAUACAUUAGUGCUUUGCAUCCGUAAGAAUAUUUUGACCAACUUUCUAUGUGCUGUUACUAACCUCGCCGUCGUCUAGGUCUAGCGUCAGAGCUCCUCGGAGAGAAAUAUGGUCUUCCUGAGGCGUUGAACCCUUCUAGUCUACUGGCUAGACGUGAAAUGCGAGCAAUGACAGAAGCCAAGACCAAGCUUUCUGAGAUUGGGGGAUAUAAAGCUCACCGCGGUGCUGAUUACAACCGGCAUAUAUUGCCACGCUCAAGGCCGUUAAUCGAAUCAAUCGGACACCGAAUGGCGUAUGAGGCCGCCAAAGAAGAAGGAGUCUCACCAAACAUUCUCACCCUCUACGAAAGUUUGUGCGUUGCGGUGGCACCUAGCAGCAUCUCUGACACCAUAGAUCAAGAUCGCUUGACGGACAUGUAUGA